GCGGCGUCUCCCCCUGUGUCGCCUCGGCCGCCGCGGGCGCCAUGGAGCCGGCGGCCUGAGGGCGCAGCGGCCGGCGCUGCCCCGACAUGCCCGCCGGGCCCUUCGGCGCAGGUAUUGCUUGGUUUGUAGCAUAGAGGCACUAUGUACUCGGAGUGGAGAUCCUUGCAUCUAGUCAUUCAAAAUGAUCAGGGUAAUACGAGUGUACUUCACAGCUAUCCUGAAAAUGUGGGGAGAGAAGUGGCAAAUGCAGUGGUACGUCCUCUUGGGCAAGCUUUAAUUACAUCAUCAGUUGGAAGUGAGAGUUUACUGAAAACAGACAAAGAAGUGAAAUGGACUAUGGAGGUGGUUUGUUAUGGACUGACUCUUCCUCUGGAUGGCGAUACUGUGAAAUACUGUGUCGAUGUAUAUACGGAUUGGAUUAUGGCCCUUGUAUUACCUAAGGACUCCAUUCCUUUACCAGUUAUUAAGGAACCAAACCUUUAUGUUCAAAGCAUUCUCAAACAUCUCCAAAAUCUCUUUGUACCAAGGCCAGACCCUGCAUCUAGUCAGAUUAGGCUGUGCUUGCAGGUUUUGAAAGCUGUCCAGAAACUGGCUCGUGAAUCAACAAUUAUGGCAAGAGAAACCUGGGAGGUUUUGUUAUUAUUUCUUCUCCAGAUUAACGACACUCUUCUAGCAGCUCCAACUGUACAAGGUGGCAUUGCUGAGAGUCUGGCUGAAAAACUGAUUGGCGUGCUGUUUGAGGUGUGGUUACUAGCUUGUACGCGGUGCUUUCCAACACCACCUUACUGGAAAACUGCCAAAGAGAUGGUGGCCAACUGGCGACAUCACCCUGCUGUAGUUGAGCAGUGGAGCAAGGUUAUCUGUGCCCUCACUUCCAGGUUGCUACGUUUUACAUACGGGCCUUCGUUUCCUCCAUUUAAAAUUCCUGAUGAAGAUGCAGGUCUGAUUCCUCCUGAAAUGGAUAAUGAGUGCGUUGCACAAACUUGGUUUCGCUUUUUACAUAUGCUAAGUAAUCCUGUGGAUUUGAGUAACCCAGCCAUUAUUAGCUCAACCCCCAAAUUUCAGGAGCAGUUUUUGAAUGUGAGUGGAAUGACUCAAGAACUGAAUCAGUACCCCUGCCUUAAACAUCUGCCUCAAAUAUUCUUUCGUGCCAUGCGUGGGAUCAGCUGUUUAGUGGAUGCAUUCCUAGGCAUUUCACGACCCCGGUCAGAUAGUGCACCCCCCACACCGGUAAACAGGCUGAGCAUGCCCCAGAACACUGCUAUCAACACAACUCCACCGCAUAAUCGAAGGCAUCGGGCCGUGACUGUGAAUAAAGCAACAAUGAAAACCAGCACUGUAACUACUGCACAUACUUCGAAAGUGCAGCACCAGCCCUCCUCUACUUCUCCACUCUCUAGCCCGAACCAGACAAGUUCUGAGCCACGGCCACUACCAGCUCCACGCAGGCCAAAGGUUAACAGCAUCUUGAACCUAUUUGGAUCAUGGUUAUUUGAUGCAGCAUUUGUUCACUGUAAACUUCAUAAUGGAGUAAAUAGAGACAGCAGCAUGACUGCUAUAGCCACUCAAGCUAGUGUGGAGUUUCGCCGAAAAGGAUCACAAAUGUCCACAGACACAAUGGCUUCCAACCCUAUGUUUGAUGCAAGUGAAUUCCCAGACAACUAUGAAGCGGGAAGGGCAGAGGCAUGCGGGACACUCUGUAGGAUAUUUUGUAGCAAGAAGACUGGGGAGGAAAUAUUGCCAGCUUACUUAUCCCGAUUUUACAUGCUUUUAAUUCAGGGUUUGCAGAUAGCAGAUUUCGUGUGCCACCCUGUUCUUGCCAGUGUUAUUCUAAACUCCCCUCCUUUGUUCUGCUGUGACCUGAAGGGGAUUGAUGUCGUGGUUCCUUAUUUCAUUUCGGCUCUUGAAACUAUUUUACCUGACAGAGAACUCUCAAAGUUUAAAAUCUAUGUAAACCCCACAGAGUUAAGAAGAGCUUCUAUUAAUAUCUUGCUGUCUUUGUUGCCUCUCCCUCAUCAUUUUGGAACCGUAAAGUCUGAGGUUGUCCUAGAAGGAAAAUUCAGCAAUGAUGACAGCUCAACGUAUGACAAGCCAGUAACCUUCCUUUCCUUGAAGCUGAGGCUAGUGAAUAUACUCAUAGGAGCUUUGCAAACUGAAACAGAUCCUAACAACACUCAAAUGAUACUAGGUGCAAUGUUAAAUAUUGUUCAAGAUUCAGCACUGUUAGAAGCCAUCGGCUGUCAGAUGGAAACGAAUGGUGGCGAAAAUGACCUCUUUAAAAGCCACAGUCGUACCAACAGCGGCAUCAGUACUGCGAGCGGAGGCAGUACAGAGCCAACAACUCCAGAUAGUGAGAGACCAGCACAAGCCCUUUUAAGGGAUUAUGCUCUUAAUACAGAUACAGCGGCUGGACUACUGAUUCGCAGUAUUCACCUGGUAACCCAAAGACUCAACUCACAGUGGAGGCAGGACAUGAGUAUCUCACUAGCUGCGUUAGAGCUUCUGUCUGGAUUGGCAAAGGUGAAGGUGGCUGUCGAUUCGUCUGAUCGAAAGAGAGCCAUAAGUUCGGUGUGCAGUUAUAUAGUGUACCAGUGCAGCCGGCCAGCCCCCCUCCACUCACGUGACCUCCACUCCAUGAUAGUGGCGGCUUUCCAGUGCCUCUGUGUCUGGCUCACCGAGCAUCCCGAUAUGCUCGACGAGAAGGAUUGCUUGAAAGAGGUACUGGAGAUUGUGGAGUUGGGCAUUUCAGGAAGUAAAUCCAAAACCAGUGAACAAGAAGUCAAAUACAAAGGAGAUAAAGAACCAAACCCUGCAUCCAUGAGAGUGAAGGAUGCUGCUGAAGCCACAUUAACAUGUAUUAUGCAGUUACUUGGAGCAUUUCCUUCUCCUAGUGGCCCUGCUUCUCCUUGCAGCUUGGUGAAUGAAACCACCUUAAUUAAAUAUUCUCGUCUACCUACCAUAAACAAGCAUAGCUUCCGUUACUUUGUUUUGGAUAAUAGUGUCAUCCUUGCGAUGUUGGAGCAGCCUCUAGGGAAUGAACAGAAUGACUCUUUCCCGUCUGUCACGAUUUUGAUCCGUGGGACAUCUGGAAGAUUUGCAUGGGCGCAGCAACUCUGUCUUUUACCAAGAGGAGCUAAAGCAAAUCAAAAGACUUUUAUACCGGAACCCCGACCAGCUCCUAAAAAUGAUGUUGGAUUGAAAUACAGUGUGAAACAUCGCCCGUUUCCCGAAGAAGUGGACAAAAUUCCAUUUGUGAAAGCUGACUUAAGCAUUCCCGAUUUACAUGAAAUUGUGAAUGUGGAACUGGAAGAGCGACACGAGAAGCUGAGGAACGGCAUGGCCCAGCAGAUUAUUUUUGAGACUUCCAUAGAUCAGCAAAGUGAAGAGGAGUGGCGCAAGAAAAGCUUUCCUGAUCCGAUCACGGAGUGUAAGCCUCCACCACCUGCACAGGAGUUCCAGACAGCUCGCCUGUUCCUCUCUCACUUUGGGUUUCUCUCCCUAGAGGCAUUGAAGGAACCUGCUAACAGUCGUCUACCUCCUCACCUGAUUGCACUUGACUCUGCUCUUCCUGGGUUUUUUGAUGACCUUGGCUACUUGGAUUUAUUACCAUGUCGUCCUUUUGAUACAGUUUUCAUUUUCUACAUGAAGGCAGGCCAGAAAACAAGCCAGGAAAUCCUGAAGAACAUGGAGUCUUCCAGAAUUGUUCAGCCGCACUUCCUGGAGUUCUUAUUGUCUCUUGGCUGGUCGGUUGAUAUAGGGAAGCACCCAGGUUGGACUGGGCACGUCUCGACAAGCUGGUCGAUCAAUAGUUGCAGUGAUGAAGAAGGAUCUGAACAAGAUGAUGUAGUUAUUUCAGAAGACAUUGGUGCGAGUAUCUUCAACGGGCAGAAGAAAGUGCUGUAUUAUGCUGAUGCCUUGACGGAAAUAGCUUUUGUCGUCCCAUCACCAGUGGAGUCCCUAACUGAUUCACUGGAAAGCAAUGUCUCUGACCAAGAAAGUGACUCCAACAUGGAUCUACUACCAGGGAUACUGAAGCAGCCAUCGCUGACACUUGAACUUUUCCCCAAUCAUACAGACAAUCUUCAUCCCUCUCAGCGGCUCAGUCCUACUUCCAGAUCCAAGAGGGUACCUCAGGGCCGGACCAUUCCACCGAUGGGACCUGAAACCAAAGUGUAUGUGGUCUGGGUUGAACGUUAUGAUGAUAUAGAAAACUUUCCCCUGCCUGAUCUGGUAUCUGAAACUAGCACUGGUGUAGAAACUACAGCAAAUAGUAGCACUUCCCUAAGAUCUACCACUCCUGAGAAAGAAGUUCCUGUGAUCUUCAUCCAUCCUUUAAACACUGGCUUAUUCAGAAUAAAACUGCAAGGAGCUACUGGGAAAUUCAAUAUGGUUAUCCCACUGGUGGAUGGAAUGAUAGUCAGUAGGCGAGCUCUUGGUUUUUUAGUGCGGCAGACAGUAAUAAAUAUUUGUCGGAGAAAGAGGUUGGAAAGUGAUUCAUACAACCCCCCGCAUGUCCGCCGAAAACAGAAAAUAGCAGACAUUGUCAAUAAAUACCGGAACAGGCAGCUGGAGCCAGAAUUUUAUACCUCACUUUUCCAGGAGGUUGGGCUCAAGAACUGCAACCCCUAGGCCGUUAUCCUUCCAGGACAAUUAGAUCAGAGCUUGGUGGCUACAGUAAUGAAAACAGUUAAAUAACGAUGACCAAUUUCUUCAGCCCUUCAGGAUUCAGGAAAUCAUUCUAGCACAAGUCAGCAGAUUCCGUGUGGGAGCAAUGAGAAAUGAAUCCAAAACAUAGCAGUCGGGAUACUGACUUCAUUCACCUGUCCUCAAAAGAUUACUUAAUUCCAGUCUUCCUGGAUGCUAGCAACCUAAUCUCUUCACCAAAUCGUCUAUUCCGCACUAAUUAGAAAUAAUAAGCAUCUCAUUCCGUGAGAAGAAUGCAAUCAAAAUGAAAGCAUCUCUGCAUAUAAUGAUGGAAAAUAAAAUGCAAGCGAACCUGCCUUCAGACAUCUCGCUACACCUAUCCGUUAAAGGAGAGAGGAACAGGAUCUCUUCUUUAAGCUUGCUAUCGAGGAGAGAGUCUGUUGCAGAGCAUUAACUAUCAUCUACAAAGACUUAAGGAGAAAUUUUUGACACCCCCGCCCCCCUUCAGAGUUCAGCAGAAGAAUCUACUUCACUGCCUGUAGCCAAUCUGUACCAAAAGAAAAAGAGGAGGAAAAUUGCUCAAAAACAUCAGGUCAUGCAAUUCAUAGCCAAGGUGCUGAAUUUUACGGUUCCCUCCAUGGCUAGGAGUGAUUCCAUCUGCAUACAAGCUUUCUGUCAUGUUGAGAAUAAACAGAACAGCUGAAAUUACCUGACUUUAAAGAAUAAGUUUUUACUAAAUAAGUGUUCUUGGUUAUGUAUAAACAAGGUCAUGACUUCCAGAUCUGUUGCAAAAUGUCACACUUAAUUUUAGUAACUUGAUUUUUAUGCAACUAGUUAAUUUAUUUUGAAGUGUCUGUAUCACCUACUCACCAUUUCCAUAAAAAGUGUAAACAUCCCUUGCUUCCCUUCCACUGAAUUGAAAUUUGAGAUUCUAGGGCUGCCUCCUGCCUGAUAUUUAUAGCAUAAGCAGUUUUUGUAGCUUCUGCAGCACUUUUCAGAAGCUCCUAUUAAAUGGACUAAAACAAUUUGAAAACAAUUCAAGACCUCUUCUUUUUCCAUUAACUUGCCAUUCCAGGAAAGCCCAUUAGGAAUUAUAAUCCACCAGAAAAUUAAUUUGAAGCUGCUGUGCGUGUUUCUCACUUUCAGCAGCGGCGAUUCCCUUUUAUCAUAGGUUGGACAGUUUCCUCCAAGCUGGUGGUGGCUCCCUCAGGUGUGUUCAGGUAGAUAUAUGAAUUGUUGGCUUUCACACCAGGUAAUAUGAGCCAGCGUGGAUUUUGUACUCUUUAAUCAUUGACAGGUUUCCAUUCAAACUCUCUACGUCCUUCGUGGCUGGGAUCCUGUCUGCGGGGUUCACAGUCUACAAGCUGUCCCUCAGGAAUCUGUCUUUAAAAUGAGGAUGCAGAUUUUUUUUUUUUUAACCACUUUUCACAUAUGGAUGAAGGACUGAGGGAUAUGUGGGGAGAAGCUGUUUACAACUACAAAUUUAAUGGAAAUAUAAAAGUAGCUGCUGUGGGCAUUGACAGUCUUGGGGGUGCUUUCAUGCUCCGAACACUCUCUUUGCUUGUGUUGCAGUAAUGAAUCAUCACUGGAUACUUCCAUGUAGAUGCAGUUUGUGAUCAUUGGUGGUAAUGUGUUCUUCUCCUUCCAAAAAAUAGGUAAUAUAAGAGUAUGGAUUUAAGUAGGAGUUUGGGGAGCUCCUCAGAGGAGGGAGUUUUUACAGAGGCUCUUUAAUACAAAUCACCGUAAUGCCUGACAUUCGUUUAGUUUUGAUACUUCAGAGUUAUUUUUUGCAACAGCUCUGACUUGAAAGGGUCUUAAUUGUCUCAUUACAACUAACCUACCAAGGACAGAUACCCCGCCCCUAUCUUUUCAUGUUUUUUUUUCCCCCCAUAAAGAAUUAAUGGAAACGUUGAGCCCCUAAAAAUCUGUAUGAAAGGACUUCCAGGAUGUGAACCAAAGGGGUUUUAGGUGGUAGAUGUGCUUGUUGCAGGGGGCAAGCAUACUAACCUCUAACCUCGGGAGCUCUGGAUUUACAUCCAGAUGAGUCACAAACGGAAAAAUGAAACCACAUAAUGGAAACUGUUGUAGAAGCAAGCAUGAGGGCUGGCCCGUGCUUACGGGAUGCUCAGGUUUCAAAUGGCAGGAGGGGCUGCAAAUCAGUCCUGGGGUAUAUUGGCAAAGCUGUGCAGGAUAAUUUAUGCAGCUUCAUUUCCCUGCUAAACUCUUGCCAAUAUAAAUUUAAUGCACGGACACUAAAUUUACCCAUGUUUUUAAUGUACCUAUUGGAUCUAAUUAAUGGCCAAACACACUUUAGUCCACUUAUUUAAAAGGCAUGUUCAAUGCAUGUGUAAACAAUAAACAUACUGAGCAAUCAAGUGUCUGCACAUGUUCAAUAACUUAAACAACACAUACCAUAGCUAUGAGUGUAUAUGUUAUAUGCAAGUCAUUGGUUUAUAUACUAACGAGCAGCAAAAGAUACUUCUUUCAGGUAUUCAGAUACCAAGUCUAUAACAUAAAGACAUCUAUACUGAGAGGAACCGUAGAUAUUUUCCACAAAGUCCACAGUAGCCAAAUGGAUUGCCUGGAAAUUUUACUUUUUAAAAAGACCUACACUUGGAUGAAGAAUAGUUCUUAGAUGUAUUUCCAUAUUUCAUAUCAAAACAUACAUAAGGCACCCACUUGAGUAGUAAUAAUAUUGAAAAUAAUGCAACUUUUCAGAAAUUCCAAAAGAAGUUAACUUCUGUGCACGUUGUUGCUAUGUCUAUCUCAUAGCCUGAGGUGAGGAAUAGGGCUUUAUAACUUGCUUAAUAUAGCCUUAAUUUGAUUUUUAAAAUCAGCUGUUUAACAUGUUGCACAUUAGUGGUAUGACCUGGCUAUUAGUUGCAUUUUUUUUGCUGCCUAGGAAGGUGAACAUUCAAGAAAGUCGCAGUUUAGUAUAAAAAACGUCUUGAUCCUGAAAUGUCUUGCCAUCCCAUUUGGUUUGGAUGAAAGUUGUGAUCGUGAGCGCCUGUCUUGGCAGAAACAUGCCAUGAGAGUGUAUCUGCAAGGAGUGUUCCUUAUUCUCCAGCAUGCAGAGAGAUGUUUGAUUUCUUAAUGAAAAGGAAAACGUAGUUUGAGAUUGGACUCCUUGCCCUGUCAAAGUUAGUGGCCAAACUCCUCUGGCUUCAGUCAGUCCAAGACACAACCUUGAGCUGUUUCCCAAAAGGAUUAGAGCAAAUAAGAGAUUUCUUAGUCAGCAUCACAAGAACACUUUACAGUCAAGAAUCCAGACUCUUUCCUAUUUUUUUUUUUUUUUUUUUUUUUUUUGGUACAACAGACUGAUGUAUUGAAUUUUCAACUUUAGAACUUCUAUGGCUUGUUUUUGCAUUUUCAUUCAUCCAAGAUGAUGAAUAUUGACCACUUUCUUUGUGUGUAAUGUGGUAUUAGUUACACUGUGGCACAUAACACGGUGCUACAAAAUCUGAGUUACAAAUAUUACAUAACUAAACUGAGACUUUCUUUUUUUUUUCCUUUUCUUUCUUUUUUUUCACAUAAUAAGGACGUUCUGUUUGGAUUCAUAAUUCUGUUUUAAAUGGCAGCAUCCUUUUAAUGGUGCAUUAAACCAUGGUGGGGGGUAAUGUCACCUUGUUAAACACAGUAUUGAAAUUACAGAAAUUUUAGUACCUUAAUAAAGACUCUUUUUUAAAAAGCAUCUUUCUUAAAGGUACCCUAAAACAGGCUUUGCAAAUUUACAGCAAACACUAGAUGGAUCCAUGGGAAAUAAGGUGUCUCCAUGGAUAACGACAUGUGCGUGAAGGCUGUAGGGAAGAGCUAGCUGCUCGCCGCUUGACUGACUACGUGUACUGGUUUCUCAAUAGGUGACUGCAUUUGUUUCAUGCAAGGUUCUGCGUGCCUAGCCCGGAAGGACGAUAGAACUAAAUUUCAAUCUAAUAGAGACAGUUAGACGUGAUUUAAUGAUUGCAUAAUUGAGUGAUGUCUUUGAAGGAAAACAUGUAGACAUUUUCCACAUGGAUUUUAGCAGGAGCAAUUUGAAAUGAGGAUGCCAGAUAUCAUGUGCUUCAAAUCAUGUACAAUUUGUAUGAAUUUCUGUAUGUUGCCAAGACAUGAUCUUUUUGUUCUUACUGUAUUUUUCUGUAAAUAUUCCUGGCGCUAAGUUGUAAAGUAAAGGCAAAAUGUAAAUAUGAA